UCUGUGAGCUCAGAAGAAAAGGAGGAAGCCGAGAGAGAGCAGCGCAGAGGCAGCACGUCUACUCAAGUGAAAGACAAGAUUACAAAAACACAAACUACCGAAGGUUCACUAUCAGCUGAUCGCAACACCACCGUUUAUAUCUCCUCUACUCGGUAUAACGCGCGAGAAGCGACUUUUGCAACCCCAGAGGAGCCAACAACGUGCGUUGGUUCGUUAAAAUUAAAAAUAAAGACAGUUGCACAGAUAGUCGGAGAAUGGCAGACUCGGCGGCGGCCAACAGCGACGGAGAGGACGGACCCCACGAGCCCAUGCGGGGCUUCGCGCGCCAGGGAGCCCUCCGCCAGAAGAACGUGUACGAGGUGAAGGACCACAAAUUCAUCGCGCGCUUCUUCAAGCAGCCCACCUUCUGCAGCCACUGCACCGACUUCAUCUGGGGUUUUGGCAAGCAGGGAUUCCAGUGUCAAGUGUGUUGUUUCGUGGUUCACAAGCGUUGCCAUGAGUUCGUCACUUUCUCCUGUCCAGGUGCUGAUAAAGGACCUGCAUCAGAUGACCCGAGGGCAAAGCAUAGGUUUAAGAUCCACACCUAUUCCAGCCCGACCUUCUGCGACCACUGUGGCUCUCUGCUCUAUGGCCUCCUACACCAGGGCAUGAGAUGUGACCACUGUAUGAUGAACAUCCAUAAGCGCUGUGUGGCCAAUGUGCCGAGCCUGUGUGGGACGGACCACACUGAGAGGAGAGGUCGCCUCCAGAUCACCGCUGAGGUCAAGACUAAUGUGCUCACUGUCACCAUCAAAGAGGGCAGGAAUCUGGUUCCUAUGGACCCGAACGGUCUGUCAGACCCCUACGUGAAGCUUAAACUGAUCCCAGAUCCCCGCAGCGAGAGUAAACAGAAGACCAAGACCAUAAAGUGCUGCCUCAACCCCACCUGGAAUGAGACCUUUAAAUUCCACCUGAAGGAGUACGAUAAGGACCGCCGUCUGUCGGUGGAGAUUUGGGACUGGGACCUGACCAGCCGCAACGACUUCAUGGGAUCACUUUCCUUCGGCAUCUCGGAGCUCCAGAAACAAGGAGUGGAUGGAUGGUUCAAGCUGCUCUCACAGGAAGAAGGCGAGUACUUCAAUGUUCCUGUUGCUCCAGAGGGGGAGGAGGGCAAUGAGGAGCUACGGCUGAAAUUUGAGAGAGCUAAGAUUGGACCAGGCAAGAACUCAGAAGGCAAGUCGGCCAAUGCUGCGUCCCGCUUCGACUCCAAUGGCAACCAAGAUCGCAUGAAGCUGGCUGACUUCAACUUCCUGAUGGUGCUGGGCAAGGGCAGCUUCGGCAAGGUGAUGCUGGCAGAGCGUAAAACUACAGAGGAGCUGUACGCCAUUAAGAUCCUGAAGAAGGACGUUGUGAUCCAGGAUGAUGACGUGGAAUGCACCAUGGUGGAGAAGAGAGUGUUGGCGUUGGGUGGAAAGCCUCCGUUCCUAACACAGCUGCACUCCACCUUCCAGAGCAUGGAUCGUCUGUAUUUUGUCAUGGAGUACAUAAACGGAGGAGAUCUCAUGUAUCAGAUUCAGCAGGUCGGAAAGUUCAAAGAGCCCCAUGCUGUUUUCUACGCUGCGGAGAUAGCCAUUGGUCUGUUCUUCCUGCAUCUAAAGGGCAUCAUCUAUCGAGACCUGAAGCUGGACAAUGUGAUGCUGGACUGCGAGGGUCACAUUAAGAUAGCAGAUUUCGGCAUGUGUAAAGAAAAUAUGAGUGACGGAAUCACUACCAAGACCUUCUGUGGAACACCGGACUACAUAGCUCCCGAGAUCAUAGCCUACCAACCUUAUGGGAGGUCUGUGGAUUGGUGGGCCUUUGGAGUAUUGCUCUAUGAGAUGCUGGCUGGACAGCCUCCAUUUGACGGUGAAGAUGAGGAUGAGUUAUUUCAGUCCAUUAUGGAGCAUCACGUCUCCUAUCCCAAGUCAAUGUCCAAGGAGGCUGUCGCUAUCUGUAAAGGGCUGAUGACGAAGCAUCCAGCGAAACGACUGGGCUGUGCACCCGAGGGAGAGCGAGACAUCAGGGAGCACAGCUUCUUCCGCUACAUGGACUGGGAGAAACUGGAGAACAAGGAAGUGCAGCCGCCAUUCAAACCUAGAGCUAAGAACCGUCGGGACACCUGCAAUUUUGACAAGGAGUUCACCAAGAUGCCGGUGGACUUGACGCCUACAGACAAGCUUGUCAUCAUGAACCUGGACCAGGACGACUUCCUCGGCUUCUCCUACACUAACCCUGAAUAUGUGGCUCCUGGAAAUUAACACACAAUUGGUCAAACUGAUGGACUGGUAGAAAAUUAGAUUUUAGAGCAGAUUGGAAGGCAAAUGCAUUAAAAGUCUACUGAUUUUUGUCUAUGUUCAGUAAAUGUCUGCAUUUCUUUUAGGGCCACUCUGGGGUUUGUCCAAUACUUCAGCACAAGAAAGGUAUCACAACAACAAACUUGCACAGAAGACUGGAUACCAAAGAUUUUGAAGUAUUGUAUCAAAAAUGAUCUAGGUGUCAAAUGAGCUUUGUAUACAGGACAAAAUACAUGCUAGAUUUAGGGGGGGAAAUAUCGAUUCCAAUAGACUACAAGUCACCAAUUCUUUACACAUUGCAUUACAAUGAUAUGAGCAGCCAAGAUACACACUAACCCACCAGUCUGGCUUGUCAACUGAACAAGUGGCCCCUUUCUUUUUAAUUGUAUGCCACAAAUAAAAGAACAACAUUUGUUUUUCUGCUCCGUUUAUGCUCAAAUCCUACAACAAACCUAAGUUAUUUUCACAAGGAAUCCCAACAUCUCAAACCAAACCAUGUAAGGAGAGUAACUAAUCACUGAAGUGUGGCAUGACAUAAACCCGUGUUAAAGUAAUCUGAAUGGAUACAAGCAGCAGUCUCAGUCUCUGUGGUGUGAUUUGCCUGGUGCAGUUAAAAUAGCUGCCAUUCAUGAGUAAUGUUGAAAAGAGAAUUGUCUUGAAUAUGUGGGAGUAAAUUUCAACAAUGCACAGUCAUUUUUGUCUUAAUUUUGAGUCUUGCCCCCUGUCCACACAUGGAUAAAUGCUUUUUCUAUCAUAAUGUUACGUUUUGACAAGGGGAAAUAGAGAGAUGGAACCAAAACAAACAGGAAAUGCACCCUGGUCAAUCGUAUCUUCUGCAGCCAUUUAACUAGAGGCCUAAGUACAAAGAUUUUGCCUUCACUGGUAGCCAUCUUAACAUGCACCAUGAGUAGCGCUGUGUAUCAGUUCAAUUUGUGUGUCUUGACCACUGUUGCCUGUUUCAGCCAGCCUGUGCACUGUCAUGAGCUGUGCAAGUGCUGACACACACUCAGACUGAGUGUCUCACACUGGGCCAUCACAGAGGAAUAUGCCUAAUGAGCGAACUUCACAGCCUGUCAAAUCUUUUCGUCCUUCUCGUCCUUUUUCUUCCUUUGGCUCUGGCUUUCUCCUUUCUCCCUUCCCCCCAUUCCCUGCGUUGUCUCCCCUUGGUUAUUUAUUUAUUUAAUUUUGUUAUCGCUCUAAUCCAUACUUCUGACAAGGCCUCACUGGGAGCCUGGCAUGACGUGGUGUCACAGGGUUGGCAAUGCGGCAGUCACUAGUGGAGCAUUGCACACAUACACACAUACACAGUGAAUGAGAAGCUGCUUUGACAACCCCCCAAGUGAGCGAUUUUCACAAACAGCAAUAAUAACAAGAGCAAUGCUGCUUUUCUUAAUUAUUUAUUUUUGCACUUCCUUCUCCUCACCCAUCUGUGCAUGUGUGUGUUAGUGCUGUGUGAGUGUGCAUAAACAUGUGAUGUUCUGACAAAUGUCCAUAUGCUAAAAUAUAUGUAUGAACGUGUGUAUGUGCGUGUGUGUGUGUGUGUGUGUGUGUGCGUGUGCGUGCGUGCGUGUGUGUGGUUUAUAAGGCUUCACUGGAUAAAGCCAAUUAUUUCAAAUUCAGCUCAAAUUCAACAAAUCUGCCUUCCAGCUUCAAGCCACAUUACAUUGGCUAUAAUGCCAACUAGCUCCAUGUACUGUACACACUCACACUCACACUCACACACACACACACAUCUAUACCGUCCAAUCCAUGACUGAGGGUUGGAAUUAUUAGGUGAAGCGUAACAAGGCGGACAAUGACUGUGAAAUGUUCGCUCCUGGAGGCACACAAGACAUAUACUGUAGGUCCGUUACACAGGCCUAGAAUGUUGUUUCCCUUCUUUAAUCAGCACAAACAGUACCCUCAUGUAUACUAUAUACAGCUCAUAUGCAUAUAUUGUACAUAUGUAUAUAUAUAUAUAUAUGAGCAUACACAUAGACACAGGAUCCUUCCUGACUCACUGGAUCUGACUCUGCAGUCCUGUUAUUUUGUUAGAUGUUGUAUAAUAUAAAGUAGAACUUGUGUGUUGGCCUUUUUUCGAGCGUAGAGCUGGAUAUUGCUCAGGUCAAGGGUUUAAAUAUCUCCGAAUGUUAAUCACGCCUACUCUUAACAUCUGCUGUUGGGAGUCGUAGACCCUGAAGCAUUUAAUAGCACUGGACAGCUGUGUGUGUGUGUGUGUGUGUGUGUGUGUGUGUGUGGGAAUCGAGUGUGUAGCUGUACAUGCAUGUAAUUCAGAUAUGUUAAGUACUGUACAAAUUAAUAUAAGUCUUUAAAAUCUUUUAAGAAAUUUCUCUUUUUUUGGGGUGAAAAUAGAAGCUAACCUCUAUCUGCACCUGACCAAACAGCAUCUACAGUAUCACAUAUAUAAACAGGGGUUGUUUUCACAUUUGACGCUCCGUUCUAAGUGUUUUAGGAACCGGUAACACAAUCAUCAGUUACUUGUUAUGGUGUUAGAAAUCCCACAUCAGGACUAUGAAGAAUUUUACUAUGCAUGCAAGUGAUGAUCUCUCUCUUUCUUUCAUAUCUUGUUCCAUAUGAUAUGGAUGUAUCCUAUACUAAGUGUUGUUUGAUGGACUGGUGUGUGGUAAUAACUUAAUUAGACAUUUAUAGGGUAUAUGUCGCUUAAUUUAUGGUAGCAGUAUGUCUCAUGUCAUUGUUACCUAUUCAUGAGAUAUUAUACAAGGGAAAGUGUUCUGCUUCAUUUGUACAUGUGUACAUAUUUUUCAAGUCUUAAGGGGUAAGAGUCUUCCAUGUCCAUGAUUACAUUUAUGCAUAGAGAAGUUUGUGUUUAUGGGUAAAAUUAUAUAUGAGUUGCAAUAGAAAAUUGAAAAAUGGCAUUUUACAUAAAAAAUAAAUACGUGUUUAACCUUCCAUCUGUACAGUUGUAUAGGUUCUGCAGGGUGGAACAGUAAUGGCCUAAAAGUGUACCAACUCGUCCUCUUUCCUUUCUUUGUUUCCGACCUUUUCUUUGAUCACGCCUUUCCGUCUGUCAUUUUAUUUUUUCUUCUGACCUUUCCUCCUCCUUCUUCCUCUUGCACUCAACUUCCUGAUUGUCUUUUUCUUACCUCAUUUUCUUUUCUCUUGACCUUUACCCCUCUCUAUAGGCUCUUUUUAUUCUUGGCUCACCCUCUCCACCGUUUUCCUCCCUUCUCUUCAAGAUCCAUUUCCCGCUUGUUUUUUUUUUAUUCUCUCUUACUUCCUCUUAUCUCUAAUCCGUUCUUUAGCAUUCUCCUCUCAUUAUCCCUGAUUUGUUCCAUAUCCCAUUCCCUUUAUACUUCUCCCUUUUGUCUUGCAAUCUGUAGCCUUGCCAAGUCUACUUGACAUUAAACUUGAAAUCUGAUGAGCUAUUAGUCAAAUUUAAAUUUCAUGCUUGCCUCUUGAUCAUAAUUCUGCUUUGACUUCAGCCGAGCUUACGUGAUAAAAAACAAAUAGUUUAACAAUAACCUGAAGAUAAUUUUUACAUGCAGAGAUCAGCAAAGAUACUGCAAAAGAAAAGUAAGAAUGUGUUUUGUGAGAGAGUUUGCUCAUAAGAAAGUAUGUAUUGUGAUGUUUUCAAUUGUAGAAUAAUAAAUCAUGAUGAAAGAUCA